AUGGAGCGUGCGGUCGAGCGACUUUCCGAGUUGCAGGACAAGCUCGCUUCCCUCCAGGACGCACUCGAACAGCUCAAGGAACACAUCGCAAGACUAGCCAACUUUGACUUCCAGUCUGGCGACCUGGACGACACAGCAACUAGUGAGCUCAGCACCGAGAUUAUACAGCUCAUACAGGAGCAAGAGGAGGAUCUCGACCUGUUGCACGAGGAGAUAGCAGACAUACGGCCUUUCAAGGCUCUCAAGCAUGACAAGGACAGGCUGCAGGAUGGUGCUGAGCGUCUCAAGGAGGAGCUUCACGGUUGUCGACCGCUACUCCGCAAGGCCCAGGUGCGAGCCAAGCACAAUCUCCAGCAGGCCCAGAAACGCGAGAGGGAACUGCUCUGGGCGUCCUUCUCGCAAUCUCGAUCUGCCAAGACCUCGGGCACGUCCUCGCCGAGGCCAGUAGAGAAGCCCAGGAGGAAACCGAGAUCCGAAAUGAGCAAGGACGAGCAGGCCGUCGCCUCGAGCAGCGAUGUUACCCUGGCCCUCCGCAGGACGCACGACAUGAUGGCCGCCGAACUGUCCCGCAGCGAUUUCGCCCGCAAGACCUUGCAGGAGAGCACCGCCGCCCUCGCGCAGCUGGGCGAGUCGUAUUCGUCGCUCGAUACCAUGUUGGCGAGCAGUCGCGACCUGCUCGGUACUCUGAUGAGAAGCCAGAAGAGCGACACUUGGUAUCUACAAACCUCUUUCUACAUGCUGGUCCUCACAAAUUGUUGGCUCAUCUUCCGCCGUCUGUUGUACGGUCCAUUGUGGUGGCUGGUCUGGCUGCCGCUGAGGCUGGUGUUCCGGGGUGCUGUGACCGUCACCAGUCUGGGGCGGCACGGAGGUCAGGAAGCGCUGGUUGUUCCCCCGGACGGCAAGCCGGUGGAACCGUCGAUGAACAAUGAAGGGGUGCCUACGAUUCAGGCGGGGCAGCCGCAGGAAACGACGGAGAUGAUUGUAGACCCCGGCAAUGACGAGUCCAUGGUCGAGGAAAUCGGCCGCAUGAUUGACGAGUCCAAACAAGGCAAUUCGGAAGUUUUUGACAACGAAGCUGGUGUCGUUGUAGAGGAAGUCCAAGACAUCCCAGCUCUAGAGCCAGAAAGAGUGAGGGUUGAGCUGUGA